AUGGCCUCCCCUAGCGUUCUCACCUUUGACACUGAGGGUCGGGCAGUGGACUUUGAGGUCUGGGUAGAUGAUCUGCAACUUUUUUUGCAGUGCGAUAGGGCAGACGGCCUCUCACUGUUUGACCUCACUUCUGGUGCCUCCCCUGCCCCUGCUGCUGAUGGUGACGCCACUGUUCGCUCACAGUGGGCCACACGUGAUGCUGCUGCUCGCUUUGCUGGGAUUUCUCCCUCCCCCCUCUUGCCCUCUGUUGCCUCUGCUGCUGCGGCCGACCUCGUUGGUUUCGAGUCGGUCGGCACUGCGUCUGCCCCGAGCGGGAGACGCCGCACCGGCAAGGGCAAGGGGGGCAAGGGCACUGGAGGAUCUGGAGGGGGCGGUGGAGGUGGUGGUGGAGGCGGUGGAGGGAGUGGGGGUGGUGGUGGGAGUGGUGCCGGGGGUGGCGGCGGUGGCGGCAGCAGUGGAGGCGGCGGAGGCGGUGGAGGUGGCGGAGGAAGCAGAGGAGGCGGAGGUAGUGGAGGAGGCGGAGGCGGCGGAGGCGGCGGAGGUGGAGCGAGUCGCGACUCUGCUUAG